AUGUCCGUGUCUCCAUACUCCGUCCAGCACGACUAUGAAGUCCAAGAGUACAACAAACGUCGGGCGGCUUGGAAGGAGUCGGAGAAGAAGAGGAAGCAAGAAGAGAAGCUGCUCCGAGAUCAGGCUAAGCGAGACCGAAAGGCGGCUCUGAAGCAGCUGGCCGAAGCGGAAAGAGCAGAGCCUCGAAAGACCUUUGGGUGGUUGUGUCGGAAAAGCCCGUCGAAGACCGAGGUGUUUGCGGCGAAGAAGCUUGAGGAUGACAGUGACUCGGAUGAAAUUUCUUUGCAAGCUGCGUUGGCCCCGGAGCUUGGAAAGCGGUCAUAG